CCCGUAUUUAAACGAUUCUCAGUUUAUGUUAAUGUUGACGUGUACAUUAUAGAAUUCCGCCAACUUCUAUAAGUCGUGGCGAGGCGCGUCGCUAACUAAAUAUCUAAAUAGCUUAAAAUGCUUAACUUGCCAUGACAGGAUCUUAUUUGGCCUCAGAUACGGUUAAAUUAGUGUCAUGAGUAUGUAGCCUUAUAUAACUAGAUGCCUGGAAACCCAAUCAUAUGCUUAAAUCCUCAAAUAGUACAGAUGAACAAAGUGCACCCCUCGUGGAUUCUACCGAGAUCAAAGAAAAAAACUCUCGUUUGCGGCGAGACAAUUAUAAGCGAACAGUUGUCCUCUUCACCGUUAUGGGUGACCUAUGUCAGCCGAGAGGGGAUUGAUAAAAUGUCACGUGUUUCCAGAUGUCUAAUUGGAUAGUAAGUUCAACUCGCACUGUAUAAACUAUGAUCCUUUUGCCACAUUGUGUGAUUUAAUUGUAUGUCUGCGUUCUAUGUGAUGUUGGACAAGACAAUAAACAUUUUUCAUUGUUUUGUAGGC